GUCACUUGUCCAGUGUGAUACCAACAACAUCAACAUGAAAUUCUUGAUCGUAGUCGCCCUUACCAUCGCAGCGAUCGCUGCUGAUGAAGCUAAGAAGACCGAGAAGCGUGGCCUCUCCGGGCUCGGCUAUGGUAUCGGCUCCGGCCUUGGUUACGGUGGACACGGCGUCGGCUACGGUUCUGGUUAUGGUGGUCUUGGCUAUGGAGGAUACGGCGGAUACGGUGGAUACGUUGCGGCACCAGUAGCUGUCAGCAAGGUUUCGUACACCACUUCCCACGGCGGUUACGGCGGUCUGGGCGGAUACGGAAGUUAUGGCGGAUAUGGUGGAUACGGACACAGCGGUCUUGGCGGAUACUCUGGUCUCGGUGGAUACUCCGGUCUUGGUGGAUACGGAGGCUACAGCGGUGGUCACGGUGGAUACUACAGCGCUCCCGUCGUCAGCGGAUACGGCGGCUACUCCGGUUACUCCGGCUACGGACAUGGCAUCGGCGGAUACGGCGGACACGGCGGACUCGGCUACUACGGACACCACUAAGCCCAGGGCGUCUGUGCAAAUACAAUAUGUGUUCAUAGAUCAAAUACUCGAAAUUACGUAAGGUCAUUGAUUUGUACUUUUUAAACUUAUUUAGAGAGCUUACUAUGACAAUCUGUUACGUAGAACUCCGCUCACAAACUAGAGUUAUAUUUAUGUGAUACUUUUACAACGAUUUUUGAUAAUUGUACAUAUGUAAUAAACUUAUAUAUU